GCCGUGCCGCGGGCAAAGUUCCAAGCCAAGUGGCAGAAUGACGUUGGUGGUGGACAUGCGGAACCGGAACCAAUCAGCAAUGCGGCGUCCGGCUGGACCACAUUUCUCAAGAUGUCGGCCGCUGCUUGCUUGGCUCUUGUGAUCACGCUCCUACCAUUGGACAGUGCAGAGGCUGCAAGAUCUGGUGGGCGCAUGGGCGGCAG